AGGGCUGUGGGAAAGGAGUGUGCCAUCCGGAGGCAGAAGAGGAGUCUCUUGUCUGUCUGUGUCCAUGUCUCCGCUUUGUUCUGACAAAGACCCCCAGCGUCCCGCCUGCUGCUGCUCUCCCACCUCUGGAUUUAAAUCGGCCGGAAUACCACCGGGACCAUCCGCUCAUCAUUCCGCGCUGCCACGUUCGGAUGGGAGGCAAAGUUGGACCUCUGUGGACUGCACGAUGGGUGACAAACACUUUGGCUUUUCUUGCGCUUUUCAGAGUUUCCUAGCAUCCAGGAUGACCUCACUUUUCUUCAGUCGAAGAGUUUUUAUAUGUAACACAAAUUGAGCGCCUUCUCGUUUGCUUUUGUCUGUUUAAAAGUAGGUUAGCUAUUUGGGAAUAUAACAUUUUGAACUUGGCUUGUGAGGCACCUCUUGAUGUGAAAGAUGAGUGGGGAAGAAGGUUAGAAACAUGUCUCCGUCUCCCUCCCCACCCCCCUUUCAGAAGUCAGUUCUAACCUUGUUCUAAAAAUGUGACUGUAGCACAUUUUUGUGCUCUUCGAUACGUUUAUAGUUUUAUUAUUUUUGUCCUUGACUGGACUCUUUACGUGGACUACAUCUGAUUUUACAGAUCUUCCCUCUCCAAGGGAACUGUCAAGUUAAACUCUUUGCUGUUAACCCACUUAGUUGCCCAAUCUCCCCUUUGGGGGUUUCCUUCAAACAUCUGUCCUGCUCUAGUUUUCUUGAGGAAAGCAAAAAGACAAAUCAGCAAAGGGAGCACAGGGAAAGAAGACACCCCCCUCCCAAAGGUGUGAGGGGGGCAGAAGAUGGCAGCUCUCGCCAGCUCUCUCAUCAGACAGAAACGGGCAGUAAAGGACGACCAAGCCAACCGACCGGUCGCCAACAAGCGCAAGCCCUGUCCCAAGAGCAACAAGUCCUUGUGCCAGAAGCAGAUUCUGGUGUUGAUAUCCAAGGUUCGACUAUGCGGGGGUCGGAAAGGUCGUAACGAGAAAAGACCAGAGCCGCAACUAAAAGGCAUCGUUACUCGCCUGUACAGCCAACAUGGUUUCUACCUGCAGAUGCAGCCUGACGGCACCUUGGGCAGCACGAAGGACGAAGGCAGCGCAUUUUCACAGUUCAACUUAAUCCCGGUGGGACUGCGGAUUGUGGCAAUUCAGGGGACAAAAACAGGGUUGUACCUCGCCAUGAACAGCGAAGGACACCUCUAUACCUCGGAACACUUCACUCCMGAGUGUAAGUUCAAGGAGAGCGUGUUUGAGAACUACUACGUUACGUACUCGUCCAUGCUCUACCGCCAGACCCAGUCCGGACGCUCCUGGUACAUCGGCAUUAACAGGGACGGCCACAUCAUGAAGGGCAACCGGGUGAAGAAGACCAAGGGGGCCGCACAUUUCUUACCGAAAGUCAUAGAAGUCGCAAUGUAUAAGGAGCCGUCRCUGCACGAGCUCGCCAGCGAACCGGUGAGUCCUCCUAGGAAGACAGCGAAGACGUCAGACUCACCGACGCUCAAGAAUGGACGGAAAGAGUCUCCCCAGGCGGACGCCUCAUAGCACAGGAGAUCGAGGGUGGGACAAAAGGGCGGAAGUGACACUGGGAACUCAGUUGCCCAUAAUGCACUGAGUGUGGCUGAGGAAACAGCACCUGCCGGCCACCGUGACCCAGAGUUGCGCUUCCUGAUGCUGAGAGUUAAAGAGCCAGCAGAAGGCCUGAGAGAGAGGAGUCCCCGCCCUCACCUGAAGCCACAGAAAGAAAGCCCCGGGUUUGUAACAACCCACCCAACUUCCUCAUAUAUGUGUCUCUCUCUCUUUCACUAUGUCUCCUGUGACGUCAUAAUUCACAUGUCUCUUUAUUUUCCURCCAGACUCAAGCUUCUUUUUCUAUUCGCUCUGUUGUGCUCAGUGUUCAACCCUAACAAAUUUCCCUCCUGACUCAGCGUCAUAAUCCUAACCCAUGGGGAGAUCCUUUUGAGCCUCAAAGUUGGUGACAGCGUGGUUCUGCCUCACCCGAGCUCUCCACCCACCAUCUGCCCACCAGCUAAAGUAAUAACCAGGGUCCUCUAAAGCUUAAAUCGAGAUGAAACGGAUCAGAGGGGAAAGCAAUCAGCAGGAAGCCUGAGUCAGGUCAUACCAGCACGCCAACGUGAGCAAAGCAAGUUUAUCGCAUCGAAAACUAAAACCUGUUGUCAAAGGUUGUUUGUUUUUUUUCUUGUUGUUUCUGUUUAUCUUCUAAAAGUUCAAACUGAUGAUGACUUCAGCCUGUCAAAUGUAAGACAGAYGAUAUAAUUGUUGUGUACUCGAGUUAAAACAACAUAAAAAGGUGCUAUAACCAAUCCCAGUCAGACAGAACAAAAAAAUACAAUAGAACAAAAUAAAGCAAAAACUAAAAACAUGACGAAAAUGUAAACAAUUCAAUUAGUAUUUCUCAAGGAAAUUAUAUAUAUAUAUAUAAAAAACUUAAAUUCAGAGAAAUAAUAAAAGAGGAAAACGCCGUCCUUCCUGUGAUCGCUACCACACCAUCGCUAAUUACAGCGCGCGCUCAUCAAAGACAACAAACGAGCAACCGUCCGGGACGCAAAGUUAAACCCGGGGCGGAUCUGAGUUCAGACGCAUGGAAAAAGGUGCAGUAAUGUAUACUUCAGUCAGCAUCUGCUGUCAGCAUAAAACCAGGUUUGAAGCCCAACAUCAAAGCCACGCAGCCUAUGAGCCGGAGCACUUGUUAUUCCGAGGACGUCUGGCAGCUUAUCCACUCACUCGCUUUAUCAAAUCACCUUGGAAGAAUUGCCCUGAAAAAAAAAAAAGGAAAGGGGGAAAAGAAAAAAAGAUGGAGUUGUCUGAGUGAAUGUCCUGGCGUGACAGUGUUUUAACCCCAGCGAGUGGAUUGUGUGUAGAUGGACAGUAAGAGUGAAUGAGAGCUUGAGCAGGGGGAUAGAUGGAGGAAAUGUGGGGUAGCAUCCUCUGUGUCCUUCACACUAAGCUCAGCGUUGUGUCUUCGAUACGUCGGCUCCUGUGAGUAAGUGAUACUUCAUCUGUCUUGUGAACCAUUCGCAGUGACUCUUGUCCGACGCACGAUUUAAAAUAGCAUUGUUUCAGGUCCGCCUCGGCGCAUCACACUGAGGAUGUAUUUCGUUCAAUUGAGCAACUUUUCUUAUAUUUUUUUAGGCGCUUUAGGCUAUAAAAGCAGAGUCAUCAGCAAAUGCUUUUGCACGACAUUCACGCGAAACCUUGUUUUGCCAGGAAAAUUGGCGAGUGGAAAGUGCAGAGAAAACAAACACGAAAAAGAUGCUCGUUAUGUGUCUAAGGUGGUAAAUGAAUGUGAYGAAGGGUUACGGAAUGUGACAUAGGAGGCUUAUGAAUGUGCACUACACAGGGUGAAAGCAAGUCUGGAAUAAACAAAAGGGAAACUGCAAAAGAUGUAUUGGCGGUUCGUUGGGAAGCCUGAAGGAUUAGCAGGUGCAUUCGUGGGGAAUGUCGAUAAGGAAGUUAUGCUGCAGAGGAAGCAGAGGAGGUUCGACUUGCAGCACGUAGAUAUGACAAUGAACGUGAGACAAGACAAAGAGGCACUGCAUUCAGUGUAUGACACGGAGCGUAGUCGGAGAGAAUUAGUCGAAGGGCUUCACUCAACCCUCCCCGUCUUUGCAUUUUUUGGGAGUGUUUGCAAGAAAACAGUCCUUCGCUUAGCACUGGGAUAUUUUAACCAUGUGGCAAAUACAGCGGCACAGACCUUUCCAAUCUCUAUUUUUGAACACAACUCCCUCUCCCUCUGGGGAAUUUAGCAUACUCAAACUGAGUUCUAGCUGUGCAUCACCAACCACUGUAUAAUAUCAAAGUGUUCGCACAGCGGUUAGCUCACGGUUGUAUAUUUCUAAGAUGCCCACAAGCUGGAGAUAUGAAAGUAUUUGGAGGCACAAAGCAGUGACAUCAAAAGAUUCUUUUAGAGUCAAAAUUUUACUCUCCGUGCAUACAGAGUCACUACAACGAUAAAUAUGAUAAUUACAUACAMGGAGUAGGGGGUUGUUUACAAUUUGCUUUGCUUGAUAAGGUGCAGUUAGCAUCCAGCUAAUUCUUUUCUGUUCUUUUUACAUUAACUCUGAGUUAUUAUGGAUCUCAGCGUAGGAUGAUUAAAUGAAUUUCAUUUCAGUUAAGUUAUAUGUUUUCUUCCAUAUAACUUUAUAUAACUUUCAGACUCAGAGCAAAGAUGUGGAAGCACAUGGGUGCUGGUCAUUUCACUCCUUUGCCACUUUUGCAGUUUACAAGGGUUUUUCUUUGUGUGUAYUGCCAGUUACCUGUAAAAAAAUAUGGUCAUAGGACUCCAAUACUCUGCCACAGGGAGCUCACUUUGAUUYAGUUUCAUUUGAUUAGGGUGUAUAAUAUAGUCAACUGGUCAAAACAGAAAUUAGAGUUUGUUUUAAUAUCKGUAAUUUAUUGUUUUCAGUUCAUUGUCUUGUGCUUGAAAGUUGAGCGUUUUAUAUAUUUUUAAAUAUUUUUUAAUGAAGCAGUGUUCUUACUGGUAGGAAGUGGAAAAGGUGGAGGUAGGAAACGGGCCUUAAAAUUGUCAAAAGAGUGAAUUGACUCAAGGUAAUAAAAAAAAACAACAACUUAACAAAUAUGGUUGUAAUUUCUCUUUAGAAGGGAACAAUUGCCAGUUGUAUUAGGAAUAAAAAGCUUACAGCAACUACAAAACCACACCCUGUUCUUACUAAACACGAAUUGUAACAUUAGCAUGACGACAGGUGUGAUGACGCCCAACUUUAUUAUUACACUUGUAAUUAUGAAAAACUGGAGAAAUUUACUCAUUUUCUUCCCAGUAAUCGCCUAAGUGUGGCCAGCCAUAUUGGAUUUUGGUGGCAAAGUUGAUAAUGACAUAAAGAAUUAUUUUAAGUCCAAAUUACAAGAAAGGUUGAAAUUGGUUUUCAUGCAACUUAGGAAUUUAGAAUACAAUGUGAAGUAUUUGCUUCAUGGUUACUUAAAUAUCUGCCUCACCACAAAAACUUGUGUGACAUAUAUGGAGGAAGAUCAGGGGACUGAAAAAAUCUUUUCUCAGGUGCCUGAUUAAACUCAGAAUUACGAGAUUAAACUCAUAUAUCCCUUUUCAUAGCCCUACUCGUCUUCUGUAGAUAUACAUACUGCCUUCUAACAAUUUUAAUGGCUCCACAAUUGUAUACAAUUACAAAACUUCUACUUAAAAUGUAUUGCCUACAACGAAAGAAUUUGCAUGCUCUAAAAGAAAAUUAUGCGUUCGGAUAUUUUUAACACUUAUGAUUUGUCACACUGAGGACAAAAGACACAAAACCUUCAGUGUCGGUGGUGUGAAAUCACACAGUUUCUUCUUCUUCUGUUUUUGGAAUUGGCACACUAUCACCACCUGUUGGGAAGAAAUGAAACUGAAGUUAGUUGAAUGCUGCAGCUGACCCUAAAAAACAAGGCAAACAGGUACGUGAGCACGCCCUUAAAGCGGCGGCGGCUUGGACGUGCAAUUACUGGGAAGCAUGCCAAACCCUAAAGAACAGCGAGUCCUAAACUGUGCAAGAGCGAAGAACGCGGCAGUAAGUUGUUUAUCGGUGAUUUUGUAAGUAGACAGACGGCAACAGAGAAUGUCAGGAAGACGAAAAGAAACUGAAAGUAAGAGAAGAGAGAGAGAGCGUUUAGGAGGGAAAAGGUUGAAAGUUUUUAGAUGGGAUGGUGUUGUAGGUGAGAAAGAAAAAAAAAAACCAAACAGCUGGAGUAUUAAGAYGAUAUUUUUGGUUUGACGAGAUCUGACAGCGAAAGUACAUUAACUGGACGAAAACAAACAGUGAGGUGUUAACAAGGAAAACAAAAACACUUUAGUUCGUAUGCCCACACAUGAGCUUUUCAUCUCCUGAACAGCAGCAUCUACACCCCAUUAACUCUCUCUUCCACAUUAUGUUGCCUGUGUAGGCGUAUACUUACAGCUUCUUUAUAAAGCUCCGUGUGGUUGCGUGUUUGCGUGCGUCAAUGAGUAAUGGGAGGACGAAACAAAAAGAAAGGGGGCACAAGAGUGAGGCAGUCAUCAACAGAUUGAAUAAAGCAAGAMAUGAAUAAACUCCAACUCAAAAAGCAGCAAAACAUUUAAUCAAAAGUGAGUUUCUUUAUCUAUUGCAAAUUWWAAAAAAAMAAAAMAAAAAAAAAAAAAACAGAUGGUGGAAAAAUGUUUAAAGAUUUCAAAAUAGGAGCAUGUUGCACCUUAGAAGAAAUGGGAAUUACUUAAGCUAUCUGAGGUUCAACUCAUCACCUCGACAGGGUUCUUAAAACAUUUUGACUUCAUCACCGUACGACGGGACUAACGGGCAAUAAUGAACGCCACACGGCGUCGAUUCAUCAGAGGUGCUUGAGAACCCAAAGCUGUAUUGCACUGAACAACCAGAGAACCUUUUUAAAAGACAGUCAGGUCUUUGAUUCGAAGUYCAUCGAAAACAAUCAACCCGACGUUCCGAUCACACAACGUUGCGUCAGAAUACCGCGGUGCUUUUGGUGCACCUACUGAAACCGGUGUCAGCUAUGCAUGUUUUUGAUUUCAAGCACUGAAAAAAAAAAAAAAAAAAAAAAAAAAGACUGUUAAUGUUCUCAAGGAUCUUUUGGGUGAGUCGUUCAAAGCUCAUGAGAAACCAUUAUGCCCGGAUGUACCGCGGGGCACUUGUGAUUAAAAAAGCAGCUCAUCUCUGUGGACACAUGGUCCAAUAGUCACUUUCAUUAGACUUUUGCAASAACUUCUGUCACAACGCAGUUCAGUUACAGCGUAAAAAGUAUGUGCGACUACAGCUCCCUCUAAUGGYCUAAUUAUGAAAGGACGGGUUCAUUUCUGUUGCACUGAGAAAUGUCUGUCAUCGGAAUUACACACAAACAGAGCAAGUUUGACAGCGUAACAUCAAAAAGUCAUGUUGAUUUUAAAUCUGUCCAAUAAAGCCACUUGAUUUCAUCCUAAAGUGUCACUAAUGCUACAAACAGCAGUUAUUUACUGAAAUUUAGGAGAAAACUUCAUGGAAGAGAGAAGUGAAAGGCAAUGUGGAGAAAUGCCCAGCAAAAAUGAYAACAUUGUAUGGUGACAAAAAUACUUAGAGGGCAGAUGAAGCCAAUUAAAUGACCUGGAUGUCAAAGAAAUAAUCAGUCCUGACACAUUGUCACGGGUGGUGUAAUUGGGAAUUUUAAAUAUUCAAAGUCGUAGAUGAGACUUUGCWGCAGGUUUGCUUCUGCUUAUUCUUGUAAGUGUACUUAGGAAUUUUCAAAAUGUGUGGAAUCUCAGUUUGAGAUAAAAAAU